GAUGGAAGGGAGAGUGUUCUUAGCGGGGUGAUGGAAAAGAAGGCACCUCAGACAUGGCCUUCCUGGGGUGGAGAGGUUGGCUAGGGGAAGGCGCCAUGGCCACUGUGAUCCUCCCCUCCUGCCCCCAGAUCCAUGGAACCCAGUAAGAUGCCAGCUGUCCACCACUGCCCUUCAGACUCCUCUACAGGGGGUGACAGCGCCGCCCCCCAGGACACCGAGCUGGUGCCCAGGAGGACUGUCAGCCGCUCUCCCACCUGCGCCCGCUGCCGCAACCACGGCAUCACGGCCUACCUCAAAGGACACAAGCGCCUGUGCCUCUUCCAGGCUUGCGAAUGUCACAAGUGUGUCCUCAUCUUGGAGCGUCGCAGGGUCAUGGCGGCCCAGGUGGCUUUGCGUAGGCAGCAGGAGGCCCAGCUCAAGAGGCAUCUGGCUCAGGGACUGAUGCGAGGGGCCGCCCCGCCCAAAGUUCUCAGCCGUGUCAAGAAGGGAGCCUCUCGGCCAGGGGUCCCCCCUGGGAAAGAGAACUUAGCGCCUCAGGCCCAGACGCCUCUUGGGGCCAUCCCAUUGGCCCUGACACCACCCGGGAAGGAGAACUCCUGUGGCCCCCUGCUGCUUAGCGGCCCCCCAGAAGCCUUGCCUUUGCCCUGGACUCCACUGCCCCCGAGUCCUUGGGCUCCUGGGCACUGGCUGCCCCCUGGCCUGGCCAUGCCACCCCCAGUGGUGUGUCGCUUGCUUUGCCAGGAACCUGCUGUCCCUCUGCAUCCCUUUCCCGGCUUUGAACCUGGCACCUCACUGCGCUUGCCCACUCAUGGGUCCCUCUCAUCCUGCUCAGGACCUCGCCCCAUUCUGACAGCUCCUCUUUCUGGAGAGCCCCAAGGAGCCCCUGGCCUGCCCCGCACAUGCUCGACUCUGAUCCUCCAGCCAUGCGGCACUCCAGACCCCCUGGUGUUGCAGCCCCAGGUCCCUGGAACCUCUCGCCUCGCUUGGGCACCAGCCCCCUCUGAAUGGCAGCUUCAGAGGGAAGCAGCCGAAGCCCUGGUAGGGCUGAAAGAUUCAUCUCAGCCUCCCCGCCUGACUCCUUCUGUGCCCCCCAACCCUGCCUGGAUCUCUCUGCUCCAACCUUGUGGCCCACCAGCUCCGGCUGGAGGAAGAGGAUUCCAACCAGUGAACCCUUCUCUUCGGCCCAGCCCAGCCCCGUCCGUGGCUCUGCAUAUUGGGCGGCUUGGGUCCAUUUCUCUCCUGAGCUAGAAGCUCAGGGGGCCGACCUUGCUGGGGCCUGGGAGCCACAGCCGGCAGACACUGCGUAUUUGUAUUGUGCUUAAUGGAUUUACGGGUGCGACUGAAUGUAGCACAAGCUUUGUGGGUUGUUUGGUAAAGUCUCAGGUACUUGUUAGCCUUCUGUUCCUUUUCUCGGGUGGGGGCAUUUCCUGGGCUGUGGGGUAGAUAGUCGCUUACCUCUUCCUCCAAGCCCAGCCCCAAUCCUGGGAUCUUUGAAAAUUCCCGACCAAGAGUCUCACAAUUGAAGCUGACCAGAAUGUAACCGGGUUUUUGCACGAGUUGGUGUUCGGGGAUUGCUUUUGACACGUGACUGUACAUGCCUGUGCAUGUCUGUCUGUCUGUCUGUCUGUCUGUCUCCAUGCAUGUGGGAACUGGGUUUCAGUGA